UAAACAGAUUGGAAUGUAGGCUGACUCAUUUGCAUUUCCGUCUUUCUUGGAUAAUUAACGUCAGUUAGGCCUAUGGGGAGUAAUCAGCUGACAGGAACGAAAUUAACCGUUCCGGGAACAAUAUUUUUUUGUUCUAACCGGUUCGGGAACGUCAAUUUAUUGGUGGAACCCAUAACCGGAAACGUUAUAAUUCUGUUUCUGUUCGGAACGGAACGUUUGGAAAAAAAUAACGGUUCAAAGCCCUGAUUGUAAUGUACUUAGUUGUUGGUUACUGACACCAUUUAACUUAAUCGUAGCCCUGUCCAUAGGCGGCUGGCGUGGGGUCGGCUGCUGUUCUGGGAUGGUGUGUCGAGCUGGGCAAACUCAAGUGUCGCUGGUGGCGUGUCUCCACUCUGUGUCCUUUGGGGUUGACUGCUUGCGUGCCGCUUCGAGAGAACCAGAGGAGGAGUUGGUGCCUUCGACUACACUGAUGCAGUGUCACUAGAGAAGGGGGGCAUCACUGUUCUUUUCCCAACCUGUUUUCCUUGUUUUGUUUUUGUUCUCUUGUGUACCUUGUGUAAUGUGAUUCAUGUAUGAAACUUAGUGUAUUUCUUGGGCUAGUGCAAUUAUUAUUAGUGCAAUCUCUGGCAGUAUUGCCAAUGACCUUUGGAACAGUUUUUGGUUGCUGUAGUGGGAGACCAAACAUAGCAUAAUCUAACUAACAAGUGUGUGACCAUUCCAGACUUUGCCUACGGGCAGUUUUGUGUGUUAUUUAUUUUAUUUCUUUACUAACAGUGUUUGCAGUGCAUUGUCUGCUGUUUGGUCCCCUCCUCAUGCAAUUGCAUAAUUUGCACCUUAUUGUAACUAUUGGUAAUUGCCCUUUAUGCCACUUUAUAGUGCACUUGUUCAGAAGUUACAUGAAAUCCAUGACUGAGCCUGAGAGGCAGAUAUCUUGAAAUACAGAAAAGAUGAGAAUCACUGAAAGAAAAUAAAAAGAACUCUGAAUUGUAUGACAGUUGUAUCUCUUGUUAUUCACUAACCUGUUGCGGGGAAAGUCAAAUCAAGUGUUUGAUGGUUGGGUUCUCUCACCCUAACAAAUGAGAGUGGCGUAGUCACUAAACAUCUUAAAAACAUUAAAAAUAUAAAAAAAAUUUACGGUAAAGAGAUAACGCAGGCCACAUUUGGCAGUAGUCGGCAAAGGAUAACUAAGUGGAUACAGCUGUCUACAAUUGUUAGUGGUGGGUUUUGUAUGCAUUUGGUUUUGUUUUGUUUUGUUGGGAAAAGAGCAGUGAUUACCCCCAGCCAGCGGAGGGCCCCACCGACGAUCACCGGCAGGGGUGCUGGCAUAGCCGACGGCCAAGCUGCGAGAGAAGCAUGGAAGGACUGUCUGAGUUGAGGGAGAUGGCAGCGCAUCAGCAAGGGCAGCUGGAUGUGCUGUCAAGGUGGCUGGGCAUUUCCCAGCAACCUCAACCUCAACCGGAGUCGCAGGAGGCUAGCUUCACGUGGGAGAGCCAGCAUCUGGGGCACCCGGUGAGAGACCGUGAUGGGCAACGGGCCUCUGUGGGUGCGCAGCGGCAGCCCUCGCCGACAGCCCACUCAGGGGGCAAUGGGCAGGCCUCCAACCGCAGACUGUCAUUUAGUGGACAGGAGAGUAACCGUCCAAGAAGAACGUCCAUGUCGCAUGAGGCUAGCUUCACGUGGGGGAGCCAGCAUCUGGGGCACCCGGUGAGAGACCGUGAUGGGCAACGGGCCUCUGUGGGUGCGCAGUGGCAGCCCUCGCCGACAGCCCACUCAGGGGGCAAUGGACAACGGGCCUCGGUGGGUGCGCAGCGGCAGCCUUCGCCGACAGCCCACUCAGGGGGCAAUGGGCAGGCCUCCAACCGCAGACUGUCAUGUAGUGGACUGGAGAGUAACCGUCCAAGAAGAACGUCCAUGUCCAUCCAGCCUGGCGUGACUCCAUCCUGGAUCAUUAUGCAGUGUCUGUGUAUGAUUAUGUGCAUGUGUACUUUGUUGAUGGUUAAUGUGCUGGGGGGCUUCUAGUGUGCGUGUGGUUGCGCUCGUUGGAUGCGCAUGCGCGCGCGUGUGUGUGUGCGUGUGUGCGAGAGAACCAGAGGUAAUGCCGGCAUUUUCUGUAAGAGUUUCGACGCUUAGCACUUGAGUUGUGUGGGGUGGGAGUGGGGGUGCUCCGCAGGUGUGAUGGCGGGACUGGCGGCGUGGUGCCUUUGAUAUCGCGCUGUGGUGUCGUGGUUGCACCUGUGGGAGCGCCCACAUUUCCACAAUACACAACUCCUGUUGAAUCGAUUUAUAAAUGCCGUUUCUAAUGGUAACUUUCUCGUUAAAUGUACAUAGGAGGAGUUGGUGCCUUCGACUACACUGAUGCAGUGUCACUAGAGAAGGGGGGCAUCACUGUUCUUUUCCCAACCUUUUUCUUUCUUUUGUCCUAUUGUGUAAGUGAUUCAUCCUGUGCAACCUUUUCACUUUGUAACAUCCGAGACGAAGGGGCUCGUGUAAGUUUCUACUUAGUAACCGCCAAGACGGAGCUUGUGUAUAUGAUUAGGGUAUGAACACUGAAGUAUUACUG